AUGAAAGUCCCAAAAGUAAGUGCUAUUUUUUUGGUUUUUCUCCUUUCCGUUUGUUUUUUACCAUCACCUUCAUUAUGUGAUGCAAAUGCCGCCAAUCCUAAAGUUCCAAAUGUUGCUAGCCCAGCCGUAAGUGCUAGCUCGGCUGAAAGCGCACAAGGACCAGCUGUAAGUCCAAAAAUUAACAAUCCACCAGCUCCAGAAAAAAAUGAUAAUAAGGAUAUAGCAAAAAUUGAUGACAAAAUAAAUAAAAAAAAAAGCAGCGCUAAACCAUUGUUAAUUACAGCAAUAUCAACAAUGGCAGCAAUAGCAAUUGCAAGCGCAUUAGGUUAUGGUAUGUACACAAAGAACAAAGCAAAACCCGAAAAGGAGGGUGAAGAAGGUGAUGCAUCUACCAAUGAAGACGCAGAUGAUUCUGAAGAAUCUAAUGAAACCAUCAAAGAUGUUGAAGAAGUAGUUUCUGAUAUAAUCGACAAAGUUACUGAUGCUGAAAAAAACUAA